AUGAAUGCUCCACCACCCCGCCCAUCCGCCCCUUCAAUACAGGACAAACCAGGGCCUCGCACGUCAUCAUUUACCAACGCGACUCCCGAAGUCACACCCCCUGCACCCUCUCGCUCUUCCUCACUUCCUCUGUCUGCGCCAUCGACCAGCGGCAGAGUGGAGAACCCUUACCUCACUAAUGCCUACGCUUCGUCAAGGCCGGGGGGCUCUACCUCUCAGUACUCGGACGUCGGAGGGAUGGACGCUUCCAAUCAGUUUUACAUGUCGUCGCGCCAGAAGGGAAACAUGCAAGGAAAACUGAAAGACACCUUGAAGAGCACUAUGGCUGCCGCCAAGCAAGAUAACUGGAAGAUCGUUUGUGUCAAGGCCACCAGUCAUCACCUUGUCCCGCCAAAAGGCAAACACGUGCGUGUCAUCAUGGAGGGUUUGCGCUUUGGCGGUAGCAUCUCAAACCGCGAGAGCCCAGUAGGGGGGAUCUUCUACCACUUGCGAAAGCGACUGAUGUUGAGCAAUUGGGUGGUCGUCAUCAAAGCCCUCACCAUUUUCCAUCACAUCUUUCGGGAUGGAAACGAAAAGUUUGUUGAGUAUGUGGCCGUUACUUAUCGCUCCAUGUUUAAGAUGGACUUUUUUGCUGAUGGCAGUUCAGAAGGCUUUGCGCAUUCUGGUUUUAUCAGGACCUACGGCGCUUAUAUUGAACAGUGGCUCACAAUGAAGGCCGCAAUCAACUUUCCACCCGGCAAAUCCAAAGAAGACGAUACUGCUCUUACCGGCCUCUAUCGAAAUGCCAGCAUCGAGGACCUUUUAGCGGCUUUACCAGUAGUAAUGGACACCGUUGACGCUUUGCUUGGCCUGCAGCUCCAAGGCCAGACCCGUCACUCACCAGUCGCCAACCCUGCUUUCACUAUGAUUCUGCGCGACAUGACCAUUUUCUGGAUUACGCUGUCAGAAGGGUUAAUACGCCUGCUUGAUCUCUAUUUUGAGCUUGAUAUCCCGAAAGCAGUGAUUGCGUUAGAUGUUUACAAGCGUUUCGUAGCCAUGGUCUCGAAUGCACAACCAUUUUUUGAAAACGCUAGAUCGCUUCCGUUGAGAUGGCAGAUUCCUGAAUUAGGCGCUAUUUCGUUAGAACUGAUGGACUCGAUGCAGGAGUACAUAGACAGGGGACCUCAGGUUCCUGAAGAUCCUCAGUACUCAGACCAAGAAGAGUAUGAUGAGCCAGAACCGGAACCGGAACCUGAACCAGUGCCGGAGGACUACUAUGAGCCAGAGCCCGUGUACUAUUCCGAGGAAGAACCUGAACAGUUGCCGCCACCGCGGCCCCGCGCACCACCUCCGGUCUCGUCUUCGUCGUCUGAGUCUGAGGCGAGCACUGAGGAAUCUUCGUCGGAAGAGGAGGAAGAUGACACGGAUGUGCUACCAACCGCACCGAAGCCGGCUCCCACGCCGAAGCCCUUCGAUCCUUUGGCCGACCUGUUAGGGAUCGAAACUGGUGUUACCGCUAAUGGACAUGGCAACAUGGCAACGGCGGCACAACCUGCAAUGGCUCUUCAAGUGUACGGAGCUCAGGGAAACGUUCCUGGAAUGUACCAGCCGGCAACCCUUGAGCAUACAGUGGAUGAUAGAGUCGCAAAUGUGAAAGGGAUUAUGGCUGCUACAACACACGGUGGUGGGCAGCAACAGCGAAGCGGCUUUGGUGUAGAUGGCACAAAUAUGCAAGUUGCAAUGUACGGACAGCAACAGCCACAGAACCCUCACGCACAAGCACGGCAAGCGCAGCAACAUUUGUACAAUUCUGUUGCGAUGCAACAGCAACAACAACAGAUGAUGGCGUACCAGUCCAUGGCUGCAUAUCAGACAAUGGCCAACCAACAGAUGGCGAAUCAGCAGAUGGCCAUGUAUCAGAUGCAGCAGCAGAGCACAGCAAAUGGUAUGGGAGGCAUGGCGCCCAUGAAUGGGAUGCAGCGCAUGGGUAUGAUGGGGGCUUACCAGCCUGUUCCACAAGGAAAUCAAUCUGUACCCGUGAUGCAGGCUGAGGGACAAGCAAGGCAAAUGAAAGACUACAAAGUUCAGAAGGGCACAAAACCCACUCGUGUGAAUGAUGAUGACAUGGCCUUCGGACCACUGCUCGAUCAAAUGAAAAAAACCAAAAUCGGCAACUAGGUCGGUUCUGGUCGGGCUAUGUCAACACUUGUAACUGGGCAGAACCGCGUGGGAAUAACGAUGGAGGCUUACUCGACUUGACGGAUCCAUACCAACCGUUGUCUAAGGUUAUUUAUGCAACACUGGAUGUGAAAAGCGUAUUGAAUGGCAUUGUCCAGCAUGCGUUGCAGGAGAAGUUAAGGAUUGCUCCCCAUAACAAGUUCUUCACUUAAUGUUAAAAAUGUAAAGUAGUCGCAUUUCAAUAUUGAUGGAAGGGCAAAGCAACAGUACCUCGAAGGGUACACGCAUAUUACCCAGGGUACAGUAUAAGGUGUCAUUAUCCACGCUGGAGUGGCAAACUGUCGCAUUGAUGUGCGCAUAUCUCUUGAGGAAUGGGGUACAGCUAAGGGCUGUUCACAGCCCUCACAUGAGGAGCGGACUUCUCGAGGUACACUCUCAAUGUUUGCCCCAGUUGUUGAAUUCGGCAUCAGGUCGUAGAGGUUAUUCGGUGUGACUUCACCUGCGAAGCCACGGGGAAAUGUAAGACUUCAACUGGUGAAAGGCUAGACUUCUGACACGGUACUGAGUUCCGGGUGGGUCUUGUUUCAGAUGGAACAUGGUUCGUGAGCCAUGUCACGCGUGCCACGGUUGGUAUUGCUGCCAUUGUCCACAUCGAUAGAAAACUACUAGAGGUGCCUCAAAACGAUGGCGUCCGCAAUUAUCAUAGUUUUUCAAGCCGACUGGCGUCAACCAUCAGGCUUGCAUCUUCUGACGUAUGGGUGGUGUACAAAUGCAGUGAUAAAACAUAGCUUGUUUGCUGUGUCCAGUAUUCGCUAUGUCAGUUGCUCCAACUCGAAAAUAAAAACAUUCGCUAAGGCUGCAUCGCUUCCAAUGCAGCAAGAAUAGAUGAUA